CUCAUGGGGAGGACACAGCACGGGAAUUUGGACACGAUGUUAUGCCUGCUGUUCCUGACCUUUCCCCUCCUGGGGAAUUCCAUGCCUCUGAUUCAAGACAGGGAGAAAGUUGGCAUUGUUGGAGGCCAGGAGGCUCAGAAGGGGAAGUGGCUCUGGCAGGCCAGCCUCAGGACUUUUGGCGGUCAAUUCUGGAUGCACAUUUGUGGUGGCUCCCUCAUCCACCCCCAGUGGGUACUGACUGCUGCCCACUGCAUUGGCACUUAUCCGGUGGAGCCUUCAUCUUUCAGGAUCCAAUUGAGGAAACAGCACUUGUAUUAUGAGGACAAGCUCCUGCCACUGGAGAAGAUUAUUGUUCUUCCUAGCUACACUUCGGCUGAAAGUGGUGGGGAUGUAGCUCUGCUGAAACUGAAGAGCCCUGUUAAGCUGUCCAGUCAUAUCAAGCUCAUUAGCCUUCCUAAUGCCAGGGAGACCUUUCCCUUGAAUUCAGAGUGCUGGGUGACUGGCUGGGGGGAUCUUAGUUCUGGAGUGCCCUUGCCCCCACCAUACACCCUCAGGCAGGUGCAAGUCCCUUUGUGGGAUACACGCAAAUGUGAUCAAGAGUAUCAUAAGGGAGCAUAUACCAGCCCAUCUGUGAAGAUAAUUACCGAUGAUAUGCUAUGUGCUGGCAAAGUCAAUGUAGACUCCUGUCAGGGUGACUCUGGGGGACCCUUGGCCUGCAAAGUUGGAGACUCCUGGAAGCAGGUUGGCAUCGUGAGUUGGGGAAUAGGCUGUGGCCUUGAGCACAGACCUGGAGUCUAUACACGUGUCACAAGUUACGUGGGUUGGAUCAAGAAGAUUAUUUACUCACGCUCCUCUACAAACUCAGUUAAUGUCUAAGCCUUCUGUGUCUACCAAAAGGUCCAUCAAACCAUCCCACUUCCUCUCCUUGUGCAUCUUUCUGACCCUGUGUUUCUCUGAGCUCAGCCUUAUCCUCUCACAACCUCCUUCUCUGAAUCAUCCUCUGCUUUUUGGCUGCCUCCCUCAGAGACUGCCUAGUCGUGGCCUUAGAGUCCAGACACCUGGCUUCUAGUUUCCUGCUCUUUCACUGACUCCCUUUGUGACCUUGGACAGGUCCCUUCUUGAGCCUUCUGCUUCAUCCUCUGAAAAAAUGUGCUGGGGACAUGACCACUCCUCUGGCCCUGGGGUUCCACGCUCCUGCAAGUCUGUUCUGUGAGCUGUUUUGCAGAGGUUGAUGGAUGGGGCAAGAAAGAAAAGGGGA